UUUUUAUGAUUAUUUAUAAUCAAAAUCCUAAUUAGGAUUGCAACAAAUCUCGUGUGUGCGUGGCUGUAUAUAUAUAUAUAUAUAUAUAUAGAGAACAUUCAUUAUUAUCUCAAUCAUCACAACUAAAGUUUCUCGAUCUUCUUCUCCAAUCAGUCAAUCGUGCAUAAUGACAAGCACACAAAGUAGUCGAAGAGGAGGAGAGGACGUCUGCUCCUGCAUUCUUAUUUUUUUGGUUUUUGCUUUUAUUGCUGCUAUGAUUGCUUUUGUAGUGAAAUCAGCAGAAUCUCACGCGCCGAAUAUAGAAGUAGCUUCUAUGGAUUUCACGGUAAAUUGGGAUUUAUUGAUAAGGCGUCCUGACUAUCUUCUUGGUGAUAGCAAAUGUCCUCAAGGAGACAUUCAAGCUUCCUUGUUUUACAAGGAUCUUACCCUAGCUACCUCGUCCACGCAAAGGUACGAAUAUCUCAACCACAAGUCGCCUCAGCUACUUAGGUUUUCAGCUACCGUCUCUGAAAAAGAUAUCCGCGGUUUGGUUGGACAAAACAUUAUCAAAGAUAUCAAAGAAAAGAGUGAAGUGAGGUUCGGGUCUCGUGUUUUUCUUGCACGUUGUAUAGAAAAUUCGACAAGAGUUUUCAGCUACAAUUGUGAUGAAACGACGUUGAGGUUCGAUCCAGGUUCUAACAUGAAGGCCAUUAUUGCGUCUAGGAACAACCCUACAUGCCGUUUGGGUUAGCAGAGAUUUGAUUUUUCUUUAUGAGUCGGACAAUUUUUCACAGAAGUUGUGUUUAGUAAGGAUUUUAAACGAGUUUAUAUGUUCAUUAACAAUUUAUAUUAUUGUUAGAAUCUCUACACAUGCUCGUCAUGGUCAUCUUCUAUGUUAGUAUGUCUCAAGAGUUUCGAUUUUUUUCCACAAGGAUUUGCGUUCGGAAAACGCUUCACAAAUUUUAUAAGUCUCUUGUUAAGGAAGUAACCUAAUACUUAGUGGAAACAAGGAAACAACA